GAUCCACACAGUCUGCUCACAUCUUUGCUGCAGGCAUGUGCGCACACCUUCCCUCAGGAUGGUGGCGUGCUCUGGGGGUGACCUAGGAAUAGGGAUGGGAAAACCAGCCACUGGAAGGGUCAAGGGUUAUGUGGGCUGAAGCAGGAGACUGGGGUUGAUUUCCAUUCCCCCAGGGGUCGGGUCAUGGGCCUGUGCGGAGCCCACUGGGAUCACCCAGGUGCUGUGCUGUGUGGAUGACUUCCUGGCUGUUGUAGUCUGGAGCCACCGUGGAAAGCUGCAUUUGAAAGCCCUACAUUUGGUCUUCAUCUGGAGGUGGGUUUUGUGGGAAUGGUAAUUAAGCCUUCACCCCAGGAGAGUAAGUAAGUAAGAAGAAACAGGCUUUGCCGGCCCCAGGUCCAGGGCACAAGCGCAGCUCCAGCAGGCAGAUGGGUGUAGAUAUGAAUGAGGCCACAAGUCGCAUUAGUAGGAUGGAGAUGGAUCCGAGUCUUUCUGAUGGGCAAAUAAUACCCCUAGAGUAUUGCUACGGGAGUUUUCCGUUCUUCGAAUACAGGGAAUCAAGAAUUGGCCUUGUAGGGUGAGCUAGGCCAGCUCUCUGGGGUCUGUUGCUUGUCAGUCUGAGGGUUUAGCAGGUGAGGAUGGAUUCUCACAAAACUUACACAAUUAAACGGAGCAUGGUGGGAGAUAUUUGGGAAAUGAGCAGUUGGGCCCUGAAGAGAGCUAAGAACUCGGAGGCUGUCCUUUUGAGUCCUUUUACCCUCUUAGCAGGACCAAGUCCCGGCCUUCCAUCACUCCUGGAAGGGACAGCUGAGGGCAAGAACCGGGCGCGUCCUUGGAAGCCCAGCCAGGCCAGGCAGUCGGCGGCCAGGACCGCUCCGCCUCUUGGGGCUCUCCUCUGGGAAGUGUCUCGUGUAGGAUUCCAGAGCAUUCCGGCUGCCGGGAGUGUCGCGCCCCGACUCCAGCUGUAGCAGAAUUCCGGCCCGCAGCUCGAGCUUGCAGCUCCGACAGUGGCAGGAGAAGGGGGCACCGCGCUUGCACGGCGGCCCGGGUACUCAGAGGAAGGGGGAGAUCUCUCCCUGCCAGUGGGAGGGGUCGCAGCCCGCGCUCCCCCUCCCCACCCGCCCGCCCCAGGUUAAAUGCAGCUGCCGCCUCGCCUCGCUCUAGCUGUCUGGCAGUCCCCACCUAGGGCAAGCUGCCCACGCCGCCGUUACCUGGUCCAACUCCCUAGGAGGCUUGGCCCGUCGCUCUGUAGCCGCGCCUCUGAACUGUCCCGCAGGCUCAGGCUGUGGCACCUUGGUUCUUCAUCCUGCAAGCACCAUGAGAGGCCUCCUUUGCUGGCCACUGCUUCUGUUGCUGCUCUUUCUCCAGCCCUGGGAAAUCCAGCUCCAGAUCGCAGGUCCUAGGUGCUACACUGGCCCCCUGGAUUUGGUGUUCGUGAUUGAUAGCUCCCGCAGCGUGCGCCCCUUCGAGUUUGAGACCAUGCGGCAGUUUCUAGUGGGCCUCCUCCGUAACCUCGACGUGGGGCUGAACGCCACGCGUGUUGGCGUGAUCCAGUAUUCUAGCCAAGUACAGAGCGUGUUUCCCCUGGGUGCAUUCUCGCGCCGGGAGGACAUGGAGCGCGCCAUCCGCGCGGUAGUGCCGCUGGCUCAGGGUACCAUGACCGGGCUGGCCAUCCAGUAUGCCAUGAACGUGGCGUUCAGCGAGGCCGAAGGCGCGCGCCCAUCUGAGGCGCGAGUACCGCGCGUCUUGGUCAUCGUGACCGACGGGAGACCUCAAGAUCGAGUGGCCGAAGUGGCUGCGCAGGCGCGCGCCCGCGGCAUUGAGAUCUACGCUGUGGGAGUGCAGCGAGCAGACGUGGGCUCUCUACGCGCCAUGGCUUCGCCUCCCCUGGACCAGCACGUCUUCUUGGUGGAGUCCUUCGAUCUCAUCCAGGAGUUUGGCCUGCAGUUCCAGGGCCGGCUGUGCGGCAAGGACCUGUGUGCUGAGCAGGAACAUGGCUGCCAACACCAGUGUGUCAAUGCUGCAGGAACCUUCUACUGCACCUGCAACUCUGGCUACAAGCUAGCCCCAGACAACAAGAAGUGUUUGGCCAUGGACUUCUGUGCCGAAGGGACUCACGGUUGCGAACACCUCUGUGUCAACUUCCUGGACUCUUAUUUCUGCCGUUGUCGAGCUGGCUUUGCACUCCAGCAGGACCAGAGGAGCUGCAGGGCCAUUGACUACUGCAGCUUUGGAAACCAUAGCUGCCAGCACGAGUGUGUGAGCACCCUAGCGGGGCCACAGUGCCGCUGCAGAGAGGGCCAUGACCUGCUGCCUGAUGGGAGGAGCUGUCGGGUCAGGGACUUCUGCAAUGGUGUGGAUCACGGCUGCGAGUUCCAGUGUGUGAGUGAGGGUCUUUCCUUCCGCUGCCUGUGCCCUGAGGGGAGGCGACUUCAGGCUGAUGGCAAGAGCUGUGACCGGUGCCGGGAGGGCCAUGUGGAUCUUGUUCUCCUGGUGGAUGGCUCCAAGAGUGUGCGCCCACAGAACUUCGAGCUGGUGAAGCGCUUUGUGAACCAGAUCGUGGAUUUCCUGGACGUGUCCCCCGAAGGCACACGCAUUGGCCUGGUGCAGUUCUCCAGCCGUGUGCGCACCGAGUUCCCUCUGGGCCGCUAUGGCACUGCCGCGGAGGUGAAGCAGGCAGUCCUGGCUGUGGAGUACAUGGAGCGGGGCACCAUGACUGGCCUGGCACUGCGCCACAUGGUGGAGCACAGCUUCUCAGAGGCGCAGGGUGCACGGCCUCGGGACCUUAAUGUGCCUCGUGUGGGCUUGGUAUUCACUGAUGGCCGCUCUCAGGACGACAUUUCCGUGUGGGCAGCUCGUGCUAAAGAGGAAGGUAUCGUCAUGUACGCUGUGGGCGUGGGCAAGGCGGUGGAGGAAGAACUGCGUGAGAUCGCAUCCGAACCAUCGGAGCUGCAUGUAUCUUACUCUCCCGACUUUGGCACCAUGACUCACCUGCUGGAGAAUCUCAAAGGCAGCAUUUGCCCAGAGGAGGGCAUCAGCGCGGGGACAGAACUUCGGAGUCCCUGUGAAUGCGAAAGUCUCGUGGAGUUCCAGGGCCGCACGCUGGGAGCGCUUGAGAGCCUGACGCAGAAUCUGGCCCAGCUGACAGAGCGCCUGGAGGAGCUGGAGAACCAGCUGGCUAGCCGGAAGCGAAGGUCGCCAGCCGUCUGAGCACCCGUGCCCCGCGGCAUGAACCGUCCGGGAGGGGGCGCUGGCGGGCCCCCAGCGCUGCCUUCGAGCUGGCCUCGCCUGGACCUGA